AGGCGGCCAAGCCUGUUUCUGUUCCAGCUUCAUCCGAGUCCGAACAUGGACGCCGCGAGCUCCUAUGCAAAUCAGGGAUCGGAAUACCCGCCAAUCGCAGCUCGGCUUCGCUCUCAGCCCCACCAAUGGAAAGCCGUCGGCAGGUUGGGCUUGGGUUUAUAUCCUCCAGCAUCUCGCGCUUGUUAUUGUCACUGCAGCUGUGGUUGUCUAGCAAGGCGGGUUGUGUGGUGCUCGGCCGAGGCUGCAAAUCUGGCCAACGGCAAGGCUGCCUCUCUCUGCAAGCGAGCGCCCGAGCUCGAGUUAUAGCUCUUUCCGGGCUCUGUCCACCCGCACAGCAGUCUUCUCGCCAUGUCUGGCCGAGGGAAAUCGGGAGGCAAAGCUCGAGCUAAAGCUAAAUCUCGCUCCUCCCGGGCCGGCCUGCAGUUCCCAGUGGGGCGAGUGCAUCGGCUUCUGCGGAAAGGUAACUACGCCGAGCGGGUGGGCGCCGGAGCGCCUGUCUAUCUAGCCGCCGUCCUUGAGUAUCUCUCGGCUGAGAUCCUGGAACUGGCAGGCAACGCGGCGCGGGACAACAAGAAGACGCGGAUCAUUCCCCGGCACCUGCAGUUGGCCAUCCGCAACGACGAGGAGCUCAACAAGCUACUGGGUGGGGUGACCAUCGCCCAGGGUGGGGUCUUACCCAACAUCCAGGCCGUUCUGCUGCCCAAGAAGACCCAGAGCUCCAAGAAAUGAGCCUGGAAAGAAGCGACCGAUCGGCGACCUGCCCCCUCCCCCCUGCGCCCCAGCCACAGAAUCUGGUGCAGCGGCCACCGGACGAUUCUUCCCUUUCUCUUCAACACUUGGUGCAGCCAGCGCCGGGCAGAGCUGCUUUCCUCAUCCUCUGCUUCGGUGCAGCCAGUGCCAGGCCCCCUGUGCGCACCUUUUCGCUCCCCCAACCCUGCCUUCACUUGCCUGGUGCUAGUCUCGCUCGGCUUCCCUUGCCCGCCUUCU